AUGGCAGCAUUUGCAGUGGAACCUCCGGCUCCCACACUGGGAUCAGAGCCAAUGAUGUUGGGUUCACCAUCCUCUCCAAAGUCAGGAGUUAAUGCUCAGUUUUUACCUGGAUUUUUAAUGGGAGAUUUGCCUGCUCCAGUAACUCCACAACCCCGGUCAAUUAGUGGUCCUUCAGUUGGAGUUAUGGAAAUGAGAUCACCUUUACUGGCAGGUGGGUCACCCCCACAGCCAGUUGUUCCAGCUCAUAAAGAUAAAAGUGGUGCUCCACCAGUUAGAAGUAUACAUGAUGACAUUUCCAGCCCAGGACUUGGACCAACACCUUUAACGUCAAAACGACAGUCAAACAUUUCAGUAAUGCAGAGUCCUCUUGCUGGAAUUACCACAGCUACUCCUGGAACAGGACAAAGUAUGUUUAGUCCAGCAAAUAUUGGCCAACCUCGAAAGACUACAUUAUCUCCUGCCCAGUUGGAUCCUUUUUAUACUCAGGGAGAUUCUCUGACAUCAGAAGAUCACCUCGAUGACACUUGGGUGACUGUAUUUGGGUUUCCUCAAGCAUCUGCUUCCUAUAUAUUAUUGCAAUUUGCUCAAUAUGGAAAUAUCUUAAAACAUGUGAUGUCUAACACAGGAAAUUGGAUGCAUAUUCGGUAUCAGUCCAAACUGCAGGCCCGGAAAGCCUUAAGUAAAGAUGGGAGGAUUUUUGGAGAGUCCAUCAUGAUUGGGGUAAAACCGUGUAUAGAUAAAAGUGUGAUGGAAAAUGGUGACAGAAAUGCCUUAUCAUCUCCAUCUCUUGCUUUUACAUCACCAGUCAAAACCUUAGGUACACCAACCCAACCUGGAAGUACUCCUAGAAUUUCUACCAUGAGACCUCUUGCAACAGCAUACAAAGCUUCCACUAGUGACUAUCAGGUUAUUUCUGACAGACAAACACCAAAAAAAGAUGAAAGUCUUGUAUCCAAAGCAAUGGAGUACAUGUUUGGCUGGUAGCAUAAUAACUAAGAACUAAGCUACAAGAGAAGAAUCUUACUACACUAAAACAGCAGUGUACUGCCAGUUUCCUCUGGUUAGUUAUAUAACCACUCUUGGCAGUACUGGGAUGCUAUCUCAGACUUCUUUCAGAAGCCCUUUUCUUUAAGAAUACAGCGUAUUUGUAACUUGCAC